AUGAUUCUGGAAAAGCCACCAAUGCGACGAGCUGUAAGAGGACAUGAGAUGAUUCCUUCGUUGGAAAUGCCGAAUAUGCCGGCAGUUGGAACACCGCCUCGUGCAAUCUCACCUCGGAUUCGAACGGAUAUGUUUCGACGGAAGGACAGUCCAGGAACGGAUAAUGUUUCUGAUAUCUUCCAUUCUCAAAUUUUAUUUAUGGCUUAG